CCUGAGGGAACAAUUUAAUCACGAUGACACAAUGACACUUGGCCUCAAGUCUUUUAUCUUAUUCUAAAUUGUCUAUGGCGAGGAGAACAAUUUGCAGAACGUUGUUUUGUCAGCUAAAAGUGAAAUAAAAAUAAAAAAGAUAUUCAAUUAUCUAGAGAAAUGGCAUCUGUAAUUCGUGCAGGGUUAACUCGACUCGUGUGCCCUGGAUCGUCGAACAACUUGCUCAGCAUCACAGUCUUUCCUGCGAUCAGCCAGUCAUGCAACAUCUCAAGUAAAUCGAUGCGCGGUGGACCCCGCAUUCCCAAAGCCAAACCAUGGCCCUAUGAAGAAAAGAACUACGGAGUAUUGCAGGCGAUAUUCGAUAAAACGAGUCACCGGAUGGACGAAAAUUCCAAGUUGAUCUGUGUUGAAGGCCCGGUCGCAGCUGGCAAGUCAAAAUUGGCCAAAGAAAUCGCCGAAGAAUUCGACAUGUUGUACGUUCCACCCGCGAAUAUGGAUAGUGUGUUUGUAAAUGACUACGGUUUUGAUUUGAGGAAGUUGGACGACCAACUGCCGGAGAUGUGCCGCAGCUUCGAUGAGAAGAAUUUCUGUCGCAAUCCCAACCAUCCGUUGGCGGCGCAAUUCCAGAUCCGCAUGUACAUGCUGCGCUACUCGCAAUACAUUGACGCCCUGGCUCAUAUUCUAUCUACAGGGCAAGGUGUUGUAUUGGACCGCAGCGUCUACUCUGACUUUGUGUUCCUCGAGGCCAUGCACAAGAAUGGAUACAUCUCGAAGGGAGCACACAGCGUCUAUCACGAAAUCAAGCAAAACACCAUCAAUGAGCUAAUGAAACCUCAUUUGGUUAUUUACCUAGAUUGCCCCGUCGAUGUAGUGAAGAAACGCAUCAAGGCACGCAAUCUCGACUAUGAGGUUCAGUCCAAGGUGUUCUCAGAUGCUUAUCUAGCUGACAUGGAGAUGUUUUACAAACAGUAUUUCCUUAAGGACAUCAGUACACAUGCCGAAAUUCUAAUUUACGACUGGACCGCCGAAGGCGAGACCGAAGUCGUUGUGGAGGAUAUCGAACGCGUUGACUUCGAUGUGUUCGAAGAGUACUUCUUUAACAAGAAGAUGAAGGAUUGGCGCUUCCCAUUAGAAUGGGAGUGGUGUGAAGCUAGAAUAAAAUACUGCAGUCAGAAGUAUACUCUGAUGAAUUACUUCAAUGUGCCCCGAUUUGACGUUCCAGAAUUGUUGCGCGAUCCCGAAGGUGGCAAGAAAUACCGUGAUGUAAUGCUAAAUGCCCCUGGAAUGCAGUAUUCGAAAGGAUACAACGCAGACAUGGGUGACAAGGACAUUCUAACUAAAAACAAGGCUCCAUUACGGGAGGGUGGUUACUAUUGAUUGCGAAACGGAAACACAAUGAACGUCAACACAACACCAAUUGAUAGACGAAGUUUAUGCCUGCAUACGCUUUGACACAGCUGCCAGCAUGUUUGUUUUUAUUAUUGUAAUGAUGGAUGUUUCGGUGGGACUUGAAUAAUAAAAUCUACGUUCUUUGUUUCAAAACGUC